UAUCGGGGGUUUGCAGUGUAAAGCGCCAGGUAAACCUGCCAGAAACUGACCAAAGGUGAGCAGUGACUGACCUUAACGUCUGGAUAGUGCCAUGAGCGUGUAACAAGUUGUCUGGAAAAGUCCUAUAUAACUCUCAACCUCAGAAAAAAGUUUGACGACUGAGAACAAUUAUUGUGUUCUCUUUAAUUUUGGUACCUCUGAUGUUGUGGUUCGACGCAAAGCUGGAAAACGGCAGCUAGAAGCUGGAACUGGCGGUCUGUGGCUAAAAGAGACAGAACCAUGCUGGGGGUUGAAGAGGUGGCGCCUUGCGCAAAUCAUGGGCAAGACGGGGUCACCGGGUGCGGCAUGAAUGACGAAACACUGGCCGUCACCGGGGCACAGGAGAACGUUUGGAACCACACUGACCACAGCACAGAGAACAUUUACCCCGAAAAAUCACAGGAGGAAAGCUGUACCGAACAUCGCGCUUAUUUAGCGACUAGUCGACUGCGACGAGCGGGUACAGAAGAGUACAGGACAGCUGGGACACAAUGGCUCGCAGUCGCUAGUAUGAACGGUUGUUGUAAACCUCCUAACAGUACCAAGGGGGUCACAGAGCCUGCUACCGCACGGACACAGUCCGUAACGAACGACACACACGUACAGAUUUGCGGGUCCGUCGCAAAAGAGGUGAUAACUUCAAAAAUACGAGAGCAACGGUGUGAAAAUGGCGAAGUUCAAGCGUCGAGAACAAAAUCGGUCGACAGAGUCUUAAACGGUCAUUCACGCACUGAUUCAAAGUCAAUACCAAACGGUAAAAUCAGACCAUACCAAGGUGGAGAGCAAUUGCCAGAAAAUCUGCAUGUAGAUAAGUUUGCUGUGCAGGACUUUUCAGCUAAAAGAAAGGCGACAUCUUCGGUUCCCACAGCGAACGAAAACUUCGACUAUUGUAGUCCCCCAAAGAAGCGGUACACUUCAUACUUAGCUCGAGGUCAUGUAGCUUCGGCUGUGCCACAAGAAGCCGCACAUUCAGGCCAACAUACGGUUCCCCCUGUCUGUACGAACGCGCUGCAUCCUGCAAGCGGUCAGGAGAACAAAAGCACAGUCAGAACACAAACGGUGAAUUCGUCUGUGCGUAAAGCCCAAACAUCUCAACCCGGAGAUAAACCCAUGUAUCCAGAGACGAAAACUGAAGGUAUGGAGCAACUGCAGCCCGGAGGACUGGUUUUUACGCCAUUCCAACCGACCAUACAGAUCGAAGUACCGGCUGUGCUGAUGUUCCACCCACAGCAGAUCCCCCUGUCCCUGCCGUGCAGCUCGCAACAGGUGUCUCAACAACCCGUCAUAACGUUAAACUCCGAAUGUAGGCCCGUUCCGAAUGACGUUCCGAAUGACGUUCCUCAGAUGAUGAUGCAGAACAUAUCAUCGCAUCAGCUGCCGGUUGAAGCAAAGCUGGCCCAACAAUCCACACCUCCUGCAGAAAGCGUCCAACCUCAAAUCUUGUCUUUUGAAAUGCUCUUGAAAGGCAAUGGUAUCAAUGUUAUCCAUCCUGACGUUGCACAGUCGCACCAAAUGGCGACUGUCAUCGGACAAAACACUACUGCAGUCUCAGAACGCGAGAUCAUGACUAAGACAAACCAACAUCAAGUAAAACAGGCCUACACAUCUGCCAGCUGCCAGGACCGUCCUGGUCUGACAUCUUCAGCAACAACUGAUGUCGAAACGUCUCCUGUCGGACAGUUGAGGCUAAACGGAACCACUAUAAGCCGAGAAGGACAGUACACUGUGUCGUACAGCUGUUACAAACAAGGGAAGCCAGCGGUGCCACUUCAACAGCGACAUCAUGACUAUUUUCCUCAUAAAGACAUCACACUGCAGGGACAUUUACCUAAUGUCUGUCAAGGUAUAGGAAAUCAGGACACCGGGAAGCAUUUCGACGCUACCUACUCUGACCUGCCGGCUAGAAAACUGUCCGGGCAGGAUGGCGGGGAAGGGAGGCCUCAUGGUGGAAGUGAAGGCCCCGUCAAGUAUCCGUCAGCUCCGAACUUACUUUUCACUACAACAGGCUUUGCUCCAACAGCUAACAUGUCACCAUGUUACACCUCUGGUGAAGGGAGAACGUUCUCCAACGGUAGUCAGGACAUGUCCCACCUUGUCAUGCGGUCAGAUGCUACAGCAGGACGCAAGAGCGUAGAAUCCUUACUACAAGGGCAGCCUCCAUUCGCAAUGACAACAAACUACGAAAACCUGAUGUUUCAGUCGCCUGACUUUGAUAUUCACAGCAUAAUGCUGGAAACUCAUGUCACUAAACAACAACCUGUCCCAAACAAGCAACAUUCCGUCAUGGUGCCGAACAAUCCACAGUACUCUCCGGGACAAAGUGGGCUAAGAGAACCCUCGCCCAUGGUUAACCGAAGUGUUCAACAACUGUUGUUGGAAACAAAUGUUACGAAUCAGAGUCCAGUCGAGCAACUGACCACCGAAGGUUUUGGUCACUCCCAGCCUGGUCAAGCUACCCGAAAGUCACCCCAUAUCUAUUGGCCAGUAAGACGUCAGGAAAUUCAUGGUCAAAAUGCAUCUCAUUUAAUCCAAACCAACCCUCUUCCAAGAGAAUCAUCGUAUGGCACCCAGCCUUCGACAAACAACAGUACAUCAGAUUUAUACAAGAUUCUAAACGCCUCCAGACAUGACCAGGCACCAAACCCUUUCCGAGGCUCCACGUCGCCAAGGACGGGUAGUCUGUCGGCGACACCCCAGUCCACCCCCCGGGCCAGCCCGGAACUUCAGUACGGUCUCCAGGAGGCAGAGGCCAAUGGAGGAAUACACAGGCUGCUCCUGCCUAGGACGGGACCAAUGGAGCAUGUACGAGUUGAGAAGUUGUGUGUGGUGUGUAGGGACAAGGCGUCCGGGCUACACUAUGGAGCCAUGGCGUGUGAAGGCUGCAAGGGCUUCUUCAAACGGACGGUACAGAACAGGCGUCUGUACGCAUGCGUGCGUGGAGAGUACAGGUGUGAGGUGGUGAUGGAGAAGAGGAACCUCUGUCAGGGCUGCCGGCUGCGACGGUGCAUGCGCAAAGGGAUGAUGAUCGCAGCUGUUCGGGAGGACCGUGUUCCCGGAGGACGACUCAAACGGAAAAGACGAGAGUGGAUCAACAAGAAACAUGACGUCACAAAAGAACCACCUGUUUCUCCUGACACAGAGACAGGAUAUGACGUGGACAGCCGAGAAAGUCUGACGUCACAUCCGGUAGUCACCAACAGCAGGCUUGUGCAAGAACUUCUCGCGUGCGAAGAACCAGCGGCGAACGGAAAGAUUAACGGAGAGGCAACUGAGCAUGCGCAUAUCCUGUACGACCUGGAGGAUGCGCGGUGCGAUACUGCGCAUGCGAUACAGAACCUGGGCAACUAUUUGGUGGCGAGGCUUGUACGGUGGCUGAAGAAGUUCCCUUUCCAGGAGAAGUUCGGACAGCAGGACCUGUCCAGACUUCUCAGCAACAAGUGGAUGGAGCUGACUCUGAUGGACAGCAUCAUACAGCCCAGGCUGUAUCCAAGGCAACAGGAUGACGUCACAGAAAUACCCCGGAUGACGCUGAUGCAGAGGAUCUACUACAAUGAGCUGAGACUACAGAAGUACCUCGCCACUUUGCGAGGAUCUACGCCUCACAACAGCAUCCGGGACAGCGGGGAGAGAAAAGGACAGACAGACGAACUUACUGGCGUAUUGGAGCGUCUGCACCACGUGACCACGACGUUGCAGAAGUUGCACAUGAGCAGGGAAGAAUACGUCAUUUUGAAGGCCAUGGUGCUUUUCAAUCAAGAUGGCCCCUUCGACACGACGCCUGUGUUGUACCAGUUGCUGGACGAGCUGUGCCUUACGGAAAACUGCCGUGCAGAUCCUUGUCGCUUGGGGUCGCUGCUAGUCCGUCUACCUGAACUUACCACUGCUGCCAUAAUCGUCAAGGAAGAAGAUGGCAGACUACCAUUCUUCUUGGACGCGCUUCUUUGUAGAUGAAGAUGUGCCUUUUUGUUUACUCAAUGUUAAACAAUACAGGCUGCACUAUAGUUUUAUUCCGUUCCGUUCUCUGACUGUUAGACGUCAAACAUAGCUAUAUACCAUUGGUGCUACAAAAAUGUGUACUAGUAACAAACUAGUAUAAGUCUCUUCCUGUUAUAAGUAGACAAUAUGUGUUGUCUCUAGUUCAAGUAGUUGUGCAUUACUGAAUACUCAAUGUUUUUUUGUGUGUGUCAGAAACUGUGCCAAAGCCACACAACGUAACAUGUUGUAUGGUUUCCUUUGUGUGUGUGAUAUGCUAUACUAUGUACAAAAGCAUGUACAGCUGGUGUACAUGUUUAAAGGCCAUGUUUAGUUGACUAUAUGGAUGACAUCCACUGGGAAUUUAAAAACUGAUGCGAGCGUAAGAAUAAAAAAAGUUGCCUUCAUUAUGAAAACUAAGUGGUCAGGAAGGUUGAGUAAGUAACGGAACACACAAAAUAUAGUAUACCGAAGUAUAGAUUCUUCAUUUUGGUUCUUUCACCUCCUCUUUGACCUUGGAAUGUUCUUUCAAAUUAGUAUACGUUUUCCGAUAUUUUUCUGUGGAACACACGGCAUAUAUUUGCUUAUUUUGAAGCUGCUUUGUGCGAUUCAAAGUAUGACUGAAAACCUUUUUUUUUGUAUUUUUGGAAAUGGCCGAAAAUUGAUGCGCGCGGAUGUCAUAUAUGUAAUCAAAUCAACAUGGCCGUAUGUAAGUAAAAAAUGACAACCCCGUUUCUACGACGUUGCAUGCUGGGUAAUUCACCUGGUCGUUAUGCUAGAAUAAAGUGGCAUUUAUCUGUGUCUUCAAUGGCACCGACAGAGCUGUAGAAAUGUCUUUGCUGGUGAGUACCUGGACUAUAUUGUCAACUUGGUUAAUAUCCUGCAUGGUAAGUCACAUAUGACA